UGACGUCUCUUGUUUUGAAAGCCGUGACCGGAAGUGAUGGGUGUGUUAUUCUGGGUGUGAUCGGGGAUGCGCAGCUUCCAAAGCUAGAGAGCAGAAAAACACAACAGAGCAGAAACAGGAACAAGGCUCCACAAGGCUCCACAAGGCUCCAGCACCACAAAGAGGUUCAGCUCAGGGACUACAUUAGCUGAGGGGGCACUGCGACCAUGACGCGCUCUACCCUUCUCUCAUUGGUCGGCCUUGUCUUGGUGAGUUUGGCGUCCUCUCAGACUGUCGACCCCUCGCUGCAGGAUCUGGCAAAUCGAAACGCAGACUUUGCUGCGCGAUUGUACCGAUCCGUCUCCAGCCGCACGGACGACAACGUCUUCCUGUGUCCGUUCACGCUGGCCACCGGACUGUCGGCGCUGCUAGGUGCCACCAGCGGGUCAACUCAGGACCAGCUGCUGCGGGGACUGAGUCUUAACGGACUGGACCCUCAAAGCCUCCCUGAGCUUGUCCAGAGUUUAAGGAACCUGGUCCUCCAAGGGAGCUUGUCCAUGAACCUGAUGCAGGGCAUGGCUGUCUUCCCAGCCCAGAGCCUCAAGGUAUCGCCAUCCUACCUGGAGCAGGUCCAGACCAAUUUUGGGGGAAACUCUCUGAGUGUGGACUACACGGUGCCUCAGGAAGCCACCGACACCAUCAACCGCUGGGUCCAGGACAACACCGGAGACCAGAUCCAGGAGCUGGUGACCAGCCUGGAUCCCCAGACCCAGCUGCUGCUCGCCACCGCCGCCUCCUAUCAGAUCCGCUUCAGUCCAUCCUUCAACGCCUCCCUCACUCAGGACGAGCGUUUCUACGUGGACAAAUAUCACGUUGCCAUAGUUCCCAUGAUGUUCCAGGCGGAUAAGUUCUUCCUGGCGUACGACCGCGCUCUGAAGGCCGGCGUGUUGAAGCUGCCGAUGAACGACGGGGCGGCCAUGUUGGUUGUGCUGCCUGACGAAGGAAUCGACAUCACGGCGGUGGAAGAGGAAGUGAACGGGGAGAAGAUCCGGGCGUGGAUCAGACAGCUUAAGAAGACGAAGUUGGAGGUGCAGCUUCCUCGCUUCCUGUUGGAGCGUUCUUACACUCUGAGGGACGCCCUGCGGAUUCUCAACAUCACUCAGGUGUUCCAGGACGACGCCGACAUCAUCAACAUCGGGGAAACUACAGGACUCAAACUCACACAGGUUUAUCAUAAGUCCGUCAUGACAGUGGACGAGAGCACUGAUGACAUCACCGCUGGGGGCGGAGUCAAUGCGUUCUCCACUCUUCCUCCUCGGCUGACGAUAAACAGACCCUUCCUCUUCGUCAUCUACCAACAGACGAGCAGCAGCGUGUUGUUCAUGGGCCGAGUGACCGACCCCACUAAGAAAUAAAAUGUUUACCUGCCGGGUCACUUAGCCCCUCCCACCUGUGUCUCCUGUCACACCUGUUCAGAUCUGCUCUUAUCAGUGUUCAUGGCGCCUCGCCACGUUCAACCUGAGGCUCGAGACCCUGAGGUACUCUGAGAAGUCCUGAGACGAUGACACGACAACAAAAAGUAAAUAAAAACAUUGAAACGUUCAUAAAUCAACAAAUGUUAAGAAAAUAUGGUUUUAAAAUGUUACAUAAUAACAAAUAAACAACAUUUAGUUUAAGAACGUUAAAAAAUUUAACUAAGGAAAAAAACAUUAAGUUUGAGUUUCAUUCAUAAAAUUGAGAGCUGCCCAUGGAUACAUCAAAAGGAAAAAUUGUCAAAACUUUCCAUAAAUAAACAAAAUUAAAAACAUGUUUUAUAACCUUAAAUUUAAAAAUUAAAAUUACGUUUCAGAGCAUUCCAUUAAUAAAUAAAAAACAACUUUUAGUUUUAGAGCGGCCCAUAAAUAAAUAAAUAAAAUAUCAGAAUUUUCCAUAAAUAAAUAAAUAAAGAUUGUUUUGUUUAAAACCUUCCAAAAAUUAUAAAAAAAAAUGUUUGAGAGCUUUCCAUAAAUUAAUAAAUAAAUGAAAACAUUAAUUUUGAGAAUGUUUUAAACAUAAAAAAAAUAACAUUUAGCCUGAGUGCGUUCCAUAAAUAAAAAACGGCCCAUAAUUAAAUAAAAUGAUAGAAAUUUCCAUAAAUAAACAAAUAAAAAAACUUUUUUUUAAGAUUUAAUUUUUUUUUUUAAUUUGACACCUUUCCAUAAAUUAAUAAAUAAAUUAAAAAAGUAAUUUUGAUUUAGUCUGAAUGCAUUCCAUAAAUUAAAAAUACACUUUUUAUUUAAUUGUCCCUACAUAAAAACAUUUAUUAUUACCGCCCUAAAAAAACAACAACACAAUAUAAGUUUGAGAUCGUCCCUUAAUAUUUUGAAGCAAAACAACAUGGCGGUCAAUUAAGAAGUCAGACUUUGAUGCUUCCAUUAGGAUGGACCUUUAGAACCGAGACGCCGCUCUGACUGUCCAUCGGCGCCAUCAUCAGCCCGUCUUCUUAAUGCGUCCCGUGUAAUCUGACCUCCAUCAGCCUCACGUUAAAAACCUGAACAUGUACAGGCUGCAGGAAGCUAACGUGAGUAUUUGUUAUUGAAACAUUAACAGAUAUUAAAUGCUAUAAUCCGCUAAUGUUAGCAUGUCAUUUACAACAUUAACAGAUAUUAGAGGCUACAGUUAGCUAACGGUAACAUGUAUUAAGAGCUUUAUAAGACGUGAAUAAUAAACUGAAUCACAUUACCCUCCGCUGCAGUAUGUUUGCUAAACGUUAGCAUGUUCGUGUUUGUUUUAUUGAUACGUAUUGGUUUGAUAGCGUUUGAUAAUAUUGUUAUAUUCUGGUUUCUUAGUGUUGAUUAAAUAAUAUUGUUUGAUAGUAUUUAUGUUAUUGUUUUCCAUGACUGUAAACAUGUCUUUAAAUUAAUGCACUAUAACACAUGUCUGUACUGCUCCAGUAAACCUUCAAUGUUAAACCUACGUUGAUGGAUUCUGAUGUUUGACCUUUGUAGCUCAUCAAACUGACACGUGAUGUCAUCAAACACCACGGUGACAUCACAUAUUGCAACCAAUCAACACACAGAAAGUUUGUCGGGUGUUGAGGCUUCAUUGAUUGUAAACUAACCAAUCACACAUGGGGAGAUAAAACCACAACCAAGAACACACAGCUUGAGUUAGUAGGUGUGGAUUUUACUGAGCCAAUCAGGCGACAGGAACAGAUCGUUACAGUACAGAGUUUUCAAAAUAAAAGCAGCUCAGUGGUUACAAACA